CUCAUUCCCACCCUCACCUUCCCCUCCAUUUCCACCCUCCUUCCCCUCACCCACCAACACGACGCUUAAUACAAGCCUCUCCCUCCCUCAGCCCGGACCCCCCUCCACGGGCUGCCUUGGGGGCCAUAAGGCAGUGGCGGACGUCCUCGUGGCGGGGGGCGGCGACCCCAACGCCAGAGACAGGGACGGCAGAACGGCGAUGCACGUGGCAGCCAGGCAGGGGCACUGGGGGGCGCUGGAAGCUCUUGCGGCGAGCGGGGCCGACGUGGACCCCGUCGACGAUGCGGGCAACACGCCUCUCCACGACGCAGCUUCAAACGGACGGCUUCUCGCGGUGGGCGUCCUGACUGGUCUCGGGGCGUCCACCAGCAAGAAGAAUAAAGUCGGGAAGACCCCUAAGGACCUGUUGGGGAAGCCUUCCGCUGAUGAACUCUUCUCCAUGGUAAUGACAGCCGGCAAUCAGACUUUGUGAUAUGGACCAAGGUUGGGCACCAUGGUCGUUGGCUACACUUAUUGUUGUUUAUUAAUCGAAGAA